CAGUCAAGUGCAAGCUCUGUCUCAGUGUUGUGCGAAUUUCGUCUUACGUAAAGGUCUAAAUAAACUAUGUUUUUAGCGAUUUCGUGAUGGAUGACAAGUGUCGGAAUGUGUAUGCAGAUAUGUGUCGUUAAGUGUAUUGUGAAGUGCGUGAACCAUUAAAGCCUGCAAAAUAGGGAAUAUCUUUUUAAACGCGAGGUAGGGCGAGACCCAUCGGUGCUGCCUACCCACCAUAUUUCUUGAUAACUGGCCUGAUGCCAUGGGUUGUUUUGGUAGCGGAGGCUCAAAAGCGGACCAAGAAGAACGAAAAAUUUUAAGUGAACGAAAUAAAAAGAUAAACGCACAACUCCAAAAGGAUAAACAAGUGUAUAGAGCAACGCACAGGUUAUUAUUACUAGGUGCCGGAGAAUCAGGGAAAAGCACAAUAGUGAAGCAGAUGAGGAUAUUGCAUGUCAAUGGCUUUAGUGAAGAAGAGAAGAGGCAGAAAAUAGAAGACAUCAAGAAGAAUAUUCGAGAUGCGAUAUUAACCAUAACCGGCGCGAUGAGCACGCUGACGCCGCCCAUCCAGCUCGAGAAUCCCUCCAACCAGCACCGGGUCGACUACAUCCAGGACGUCGCCUCGCAGCAUGACUUCGACUACCCGCCGGAGUUUUACGAGCACACGGAGAUCCUAUGGAAGGACCGGGGAGUACAGGCGUGUUACGAGCGCUCCAACGAGUACCAGCUGAUCGACUGCGCCAAGUACUUCUUGGACAAAGUUCACAUAAUUAAGCAGCCCAACUACACACCCACUGAACAAGACAUUCUCAGAUGUCGUGUCUUAACUUCUGGUAUCUUUGAAACAAGAUUUCAAGUGGAUAAAGUCAAUUUCCAUAUGUUCGAUGUUGGAGGACAGAGAGACGAAAGGCGGAAGUGGAUACAGUGUUUCAAUGAUGUUACCGCAAUCAUAUUUGUUACUGCAUGCAGCAGUUACAACAUGGUACUGCGUGAAGAUCCUACCCAGAACAGGUUGCGCGAGAGCCUUGACCUGUUCAAAAGCAUUUGGAACAACCGGUGGUUACGGACAAUAUCUGUGAUCCUGUUCCUGAAUAAGCAGGACCUACUGGCAGAGAAGAUCAAAGCCGGGAAGUCCAAGCUGGAAGAAUACUUCGCUGACUUCGCACAGUACCCUACCCCUACGGAUGCAAUGGCAGAACCAGGGGAAGAUCCAGAAGUUAUUCGGGCCAAGUACUUCAUUCGGGAUGAAUUUUUACGUAUCAGUACAGCAAGUGGAGAUGGCAAGCACUAUUGUUACCCACAUUUUACAUGUGCUGUAGACACUGAAAACAUCCGGCGUGUGUUCAAUGACUGUCGUGAUAUAAUUCAACGGAUGCACCUUCGCCAAUAUGAGCUCUUGUGAUGCCUGUCACUGGCUUCAGCUUUAGGUAAUAUGUUUUUGGACUACGUCCAGGUGUUACUGUACUGUUGAAAGUCAGUAGGGUGAAGAGCUGUGGUUUGUGGGAGGGUCACGUGGGAGAUCCCACUCUGAUUGCCAGCGAGAAAAUUUAAGGGAAACACUGUAAAACUGAAAUGUGGACUAAAGUUUAAACUUAUAACUAGCCAAAGCAUUUAUAAGUACAGUAUAUAUGUGUAUAUUGCCAGGAUGUAACAACUAAUGAAGUGAAGCCAAUAUUAAAACUAUAUAUAAAUAUACAUAUAUAAAUAAUGUAAUUGAGUAAAUACGUGCACAAAAUGUUUUCGUCGCCAAAGGAUACUAUUUGCUUGUUGUUGUUCACCCCAAUUUUAUUGUGUAAAUAUUUUUGUUUAAAAAGUUUUAGAAAUGUGAAAAUGAUAUCUUGGCUCUGUUUUUUUUAUAUUUAUUGUAAUGUAUUCUGCAGAAACUGAAUGGUGGUUGGCAACUAUGGAACUCAGAAUACUUUCACUGUAGUUGUCUUAUAAUUUCUGAAAAAAAGAAAAUAGAGGACUGUGUUACUUGUUGGCGUUUUGGAAGAGUAGCUGUUUUUUGUGUGGCCAACUGUUUUAGGACUAGCUAUGCAGUAUUUGAUUAACAAUUGUCAUUGUUUACAUGUCAUUUUGUGUCUAUGUAAGUAAAACUUUUUCUCAUUGUUUCAAAUGUUUUUACACAUUGUGAAGUAGCUGUGGUAUUUCUUGUCUCUUUUUUUUAAUUUUAUUACUAUUCUUUUAUAUACAAAAGGUCCAGUGGCAUAAUGUGUUUUAAAGUAGUGUAUUGUCAGAUUUGACAAUUGCCCCCCCCCCCCUCUCGAAAUUUGUAGCUGUAAAUGUGGCAUAUCAGUUAUUUUCAAAACUAAUGUUGUUUACUUAUAUUAGCGUAAAACUUUGCUCUUUUAAAUCCUCACUCCAACUUUAGUGUUCCUAGAAACUGUUGUAGGGAGAGGCUGAACAUUUGUGCAGUUUGUCAGACACUCAGAGUAGCUCCAUCUGAAUAGGGAGUGGGGUCCAUCUGAAUAGGGAGUGGGGGAAUUCCAAAUAUCUGGCCACCACGUUCUCGGAGUAGUGUUGCUUCCUCAUAUGUUGCAUGUAGUGUGAGGCAUCUAUCCAUUUAGUUAGUAUUUGACACUCCAAUAAUAUUGAUAAUCUAUUUUUACUUUGAUGAAUUGUCACUAAUGCAUCACACACACACACACACACACACACACACACACACACACACACACACACACACACACACAUGUACACCCCUUUGCUACUUUCAGAAGUUUUUGAUAUGUUUGUGCACAGUUGUAGAGUGGAAAUAGGAAAUGCUGAUGAAAGUGUGAAGUGCAAGGUCAAGGAAACCAGGAAAAAGUCAUGACAAAUUCACAUUGCAAAUGAUUUUAUUUGAAGGAAUGAAAAUCGUGAUAGUUUGCUGUCAUUUGUAACACACAACAGAAAAACAUUGAAAAAAGUGUACCAAGUUAUAGAAAUGAAAAUGAAGAUGUAAGUGCCAUGCUCCACUUCUGGGGAAUCCAUCAUCACUACUCUUACUUCAAACAGAAAUGAAGAAAAGUAAUUGCAUCACUGAUACAAUGAGAAAUAAAAUCCUCUGUAUUUCAACAAACAAUCCUGUUGGAGGAACAUCCACAACUGAGCAUUAUACCAAAGGUCGAAAAUCCUGCUUCAGUUGUAAAGUUCUUUUACUAUCACACAACCGGUUUUGGGCUCUUAUAAGCCCAUCUUCAGGUGUUGUAAGUUGGUACUGUUGCCUCAGAGUGCCACGAUGGACGUGUACUAGGCGCGAUGUGCUACCUAUGAGCACAGAGCAGGGAGUCGCGAAGAUGGGCGUAUAACAGCCCGAAACCAGUCAUGUGAUAAUACAAGAACUUUACAACUCAAGUGGGAUUUUCAACCUCUGGCCUCUGUAUUUCAUUUCAAGAAUAUAGACCCUGACUAAUAGGUCUUUCUUUUUUCAUCACAUAACUUGUUGGUCAGUGGAAAGUCAGAAGUAUUUCCUAGGAUGGGAAGGUCACGUAGAUUGAACCACAUCUUCAACACAACAAACCUGCAGUCUUCAUCAUCAAACUGCUUUAAUCAAAAGUUUGCGUUUCUUUUCUGAGCUGAAACAUAUUUCUGAAGUGAUGGUUAUCUUUCAUUCGCUGUUAUUUAACAACCUUUUAGCCAAGAAAUCCAGAUCUAAUCAGUCACCUUCAUCCAUUUUCAUUAGCCUGGAAGGGUUUUUAGCUUUUAACAACGCUAAGCAAUGUUUCUAAUUAUUCUAGUAAAUAUAAAAAAAUUAACGCUCUGAAGCUGAGUAGCUGCAACCAGAAACCAAAAAAUUUCAGCACUUUCAUAUAAGCUUCAAAGCAAGUAACAUCAAAGUCAUUACCGUCAUAUUGUUUUUAUCGUGUCCUACACAGGUAUCACACCAUAUGAGUAGUGUCUUCUUGCCACUACACCCUGAACUCAAAACUUUUAAGCAAACAUGACACCUCUUCAUUACCUGCUCUGCCAGCCAUAUUAUCAUGCCAGAUACACAUCAGUCAUGUACCUAAGUCAAUAUUUACGUUCAAGUUGGAAUUUGAGAGCUGUCUUGAAUAAAACAUGGUAUUCUGUUCGAGAUUUGGUGUGAACAUAACUCCUGAAGAUCAACCGAACUGUACAGAUUUCACUUAAGGGUAUUUGAAAAGCCAAAGUGUCAUUUUCAAUCAUUUUCUGGGCUCUCUCAGCCUUUGCAUGACGUGUCUCUUAUUCAUAUUUUGCAGUCAUUUCCAGUUCCUUCAAUCUUCAUAUACAGCUUAUUGCAUUUUUCACACCUGUCAGACCAAUUACGGGAGAGUUAAAAUGUUUUUCUGUAAAAGAAGCAUAUGUAUGACUUGCACUAAAGUAUGGACUAAACUAGUCCUUGCUUGACUUUAAUCUGCCAAAGUGACUUCCUUCUCUGGGGAAAGACUCAGGUUGUGCUUAAUCAAAUUUGUAUGUUCUUCGCUGAACUUCACUGUAUAUGUGUGAGAACUUGUAGUGUGUACAUUAUGUCCUAUACCGACUUUGUAAGUUCUCCCUCCUUUUAUAAGAUAAUCUUGUAGUGUCUGUAGUUGUCAGAUGACAGUACAAAAAAUGUGUUAUUGCGUACUUGACAGUGUCCACCUGGACCAUCGGACACAGUAUAAUGUGUGCUAGCUUGUCCUCUUCUUUAACAUGGCUGAUCAUAUUUACCAUGACUUUUUCUGUCAACAGGAUUACUUUAUUACAGCCCAUUAUGUAUGUACCCUGCUUUUCUUCACAUAUUGACAAAACUGCAUGUAUAGAUGUCCUUGUGUUUGUAUGCAGUGAUUUGCACUUAUAUCUAUGGUUACAUGUAACCUAGAACAAAUAGCUAUAACUAGAAUGAUAAUAUAAAUGAUGAUGAUGAUGAUGAUGAUGAUAACAAUAAAAUAUAACAACACUAAAAAUAAAAAUAUUCCAUGAAAAAAUUACCCAAUAUUUUGUUUUAUUUAACUAUGCCGCACAAUACACAGUUAAAUACGAAUGCUUUAAACAUCAUGCUGUGACAGUUCUUUCUGAACAACAGCUGCCCCUUUGCUACAAACGGCUAUCCUUGAAUUCCUAGCUCACUAUUCUUCUUUAUGCUUUUAAUCUCGCCUUUCAUUUCAAUGAUAAAGCACUAGCUACAAAAAUUCAUAUCAAAAAUGACUGAAACAAAGUAGAUUCUAUUGUUGCUUGAUGUUUGUAUGAAAAUGAGUGGGAAACAGGUUGUAAUCUGUCUCUACUGCAGUUAUAAGUGCUUGGCAAUUUCAGCAUUCCUCAAGCCAUGAACAAAAGGAACUUGCACACUGCCUCAUCUAGUGAAUGUGUUUUGAAGUACAAGGAGACUUCUGUGGUACUUCCAAUCUAUUGUAAAUUAUUAGCCAUGGUACAUUCAGUGGUCUAAAGGAAAAAAAUGAAAAUUUCCAAUUUUGGCACCUUCAGCAUUUCCUAUUUCCAGUCUUCAGUUAUCUUCAAAUGAUUUCAUGUAUUUGCUUUCCUUUUCAUGCUUGUAUGCAUCUCCUCCUACCUUCUCUCUCUCUCUCUCUCUCUCUCUCUCUCUCUCUCUCUCUCUCUCUUUCUUUCCCUUUCCCUGCUCUUCAUUGUAAAAUAAUCUUUGUGCUGUAGGCUAGACUUUCCUCCACCUCUGGCUUAAGGUACUGACAUGUCAUGUAAUGUUUGUAUAUAUUGUAGCUUGCAUUUCGUCCUUCACUAUUUCAGAAAAAUCAUGAAUACACACAUCCAAUCUCCAUUUUGACAUAUCUAAAAAGUAUUUAUUUUUAUUACAAAUGUAAUAUUUUCAGAUAAAGCACUUUUGCAAGAAUAAUUCUCAAAUAUAUUUAAACUUCAAUGUACCUGCUUCUCUGUAUGACAGGUAAAGUAUUAGAAUGCACGGUGUCCAUCUCCAACAGCUGACUUUUGGCAAAUGACCACCUCAUCCAUUUCCUCAAUAUCUUUUAUGAUAGUGCUGUAGGUAACUGGAGGAAGCACACUAGUCCAAAGCUACAGUUUACUCACCAGUUAACUAGAUCCACUAAUUAGCUCCUCCGUUUGCUCCAGCCAGAUUCAAAUUUGUUCAUCGCCUCCCAGAUAGUAAAAGAUAUCCAGAGAAAAUGCACCACUAGGAAACUUGGAGCUACUUGCCAUUUCAAUGGAUCCACUGACCAGCUCAAGAGAGAACAGUCCUAUAGCUAUGAAUAACACAAUUUGAGUCUUUUUGCACUCUGAAAUAAUCAGUAGAUUCCCAAUUUACCUUUUUACAUUAAUGGUUCAUGCUUCAUCUUUUAAAGUGCCUUUCAGAAAUGAAAUUUUUAAGUUUAAUUUUGUUUGCAAACUCUGCUCUUUCAUAUGAGAACAAUCCCUCCAAUAAAAACACAAAGAAGUUUAUCACCACAGCUGUUUACGUACUAUUGUAUUUAUUCAUAUGCUCUUGUUGCACAAAAAUUAUUUUCAUACUCAUUAAAUCAUUGUGCAGAGUGCCUGAUACAUGCCAUGAGUCAUUGCUUUUGUUCAAUCCAGAACAGUAAAUUGAUUGCCUGUGGGCAUUGAUUACAUGAGCACAAACAGAGUUUAUGCUUUGUCCUGUGGUUAAUUUAUUUUACAUGCUGCAUUAUGGCUAUUUUAGUAUAAUAACAGUGUUUAAUAAAACAGGAAUCUCAUCAUAUUUGGUGCUGUGUAAAUGGUGGAAAUAUCCACAGCUCUACUGCAUAAUAUUAUUUUCAAGAUUUAUUCACGUACAUCAUUCAUCUCUGCAGAAACACAGCCGUUGGAAGUCCUAUCAUGUUGUUUCUGAAACACUAAUAAAAGCACAGCAUCAUAUUGUUUAACAUUAUCAUAUAUGAGGUUUUAGUCACCUGCAUGGUCUGUUGGAAAAAUAGUACAUACUUCAUGUAGAAUUGCAGUGACUAUUGGCAACUGCUUCUGUUAGUGUUACAUAUAGUAUUAGAAAAUAAUUGAAAACAUUCUCAGAGAAUGUUUUAUUAGAUGGACAUUGCAGUUUGUUCGCCUUUACUGCCAAAAUUAUCUUUUCUUCUGGAUUAUUUCUCAGUUUAGAUAAAAAUCUACUUCGGUGGAAGUGGUGUAUGAUGCUUCCUCAUGUUAGACUCAUUAUUUCAAAUGUAAUAUUUUUCUGGAAAACACAUGCCUCAAUUUGGAUCAAACCCCACUGCCAUCUCUCCUUCGAUUUGUGAUGAAUGGGUCAUUUAAUUUAUCCAACUGGUCUCAAAUAUUACUGCAGGUAACAUGUUUAAGUUACCAGUAUAAAUACUGGCCUUGUGUACAUGUAAUGUAUUGAAUAUGCUGAUACAGGAUUUUUAAUGACGCAUGAUGGAGCUCAUUUUAUAAGCACAAAAAAAGGUUAUUAUUUCAUAUACAGUUAUGCUACUGGACUUUAAACUCAGCACAAUAUUUAUCAAACUUUUUUUGCAGUGCCACCAGUUGCAAAUGUAACUAUGUAUUAAUCAGAUGCUCUGAAAGAGUAAAAUGUUCCAGUAGAAACUGAGCUCAUGUAUUUGGUGGAAACUGAAUUAGCAAAACUACCAUAUGCAGGAUACUGCUCAUCCAUUUGCUGAAUCAAAUAUUGUAUUGUUUUUGUGAUUUGGUCUCUUUUUGGAAACGACUGUUGCAUAUAAGAUCAGUACAAAACUUGCAACUGCAGUUGUUAAGGAAGAAAUGUUGUGUUAUUGUGUCUAGAUCUUUCAUUUAUACAAUUGUCUGUUGAAUGCAGAGGACUUGCAAUUGAUCUGAGAUGUACUACAACUUUGUCUGGAGCAUAUUUUAUCCCCUACCAAGAGCCCAGUCGUAGAGUAAGAGCUCAUUUGUACAAGAGAAGCAGAGAUCUAUUCUUUGUCUGUCUGCUUGGUGUGUGUGUGUGUGUGUGUGUGUGAGAGAGAGAGAGAGAGAGAGAGAGAGAGAGAGAGAGAGGUGAUGAUUAUCUGCAUUUUGGAAGUUGGUGUAUGCAUGUCGAGAGAGGAAUGUUUUAAAUAAUCCUAAAUGUCUUUUAAUAAUUUGAUUGUGAAAUGUACGUAUAACAAUAGAAAUUAUAUCUAUAUAUGUAUAUUAAAUUUGUAAAGCAAAGAGAAUUAUAUCUAUAUAUAUAUUAUAUAUUUGAAGACAGAAAUAUAUACAUUUUAUGUUGCUA